AUGAAGCUCAGGGAUGUAUAGUCCUUUUCUUCGAAUGAGAAUGUGGGCUUUGUCAUAAUUUACUUCCACGGAUUCCUCCGCCAGAAAUUGUCUUUGCUGCGCCUUCACUUCCGGGUCUGCCAUUUUGUUGCCUCCAUUUCUCCACGAGGGGGGGUUAAAGGCCCCCAAAAUACGCAUAUAUGAAAAGGCCAAAAAGUAACCGUCACUGACAGGGAGUCUUAACUAGAGAAGGAAACGGGACCAAACUGGCGGGCUUGGUGAAAGCGCAGCCGACAGCGUCCCGGACGAGGAGAUGUCUUUGGUGGACUUGGGGAAGAGGUUGUUAGAAGCAGCAAGAAAAGGUCAAGAUGAUGAAGUAAGAACACUGAUGGCAAAUGGCGCCCCAUUCACCACAGACUGGCUUGGAACAUCACCCCUCCACCUUGCAGCCCAGUAUGGUCAUUAUUCCACAGCAGAAGUGCUCCUUCGAGCAGGAGUUAGCAGGGAUGCCCGGACCAAAGUGGACAGGACCCCCUUGCACAUGGCUGCAGCUGAUGGACAUGCGCACAUCGUGGAACUGCUUGUUAGGAAUGGUGCAGAUGUGAAUGCCAAGGACAUGCUGAAGAUGACAGCUUUGCACUGGGCCACAGAGCACCACCAUCGACAUGUUGUGGAGCUGCUUAUCAAGUAUGGAGCUGAUGUCCAUGCUUUCAGCAAAUUUGAUAAAUCUGCCUUUGACAUAGCCCUGGAAAAAAACAAUGCUGAGAUACUGGUCAUUCUCCAGGAAGCAAUGCAGAAUCAGGUGAAUGCUAAUCCUGAGAGAGCCAACCCUGUGACUAACCCGGUGACUAUGGCUGCUCCAUUCAUCUUCACAUCGGGAGAAGUUGUAAACCUCGCUAGCCUUGUUUCUUCAGCCAACACCAAAACAACCUCAGGUGACCCCCAUGCCUCAACAGUACAGUUCUCAAAUUCUACCACCUCAGUGCUGACCACUCUUGCAGCUCUUGCUGAGGUAUCAGCCCCCCUCUCCAAUUCACACAGAGCCACAGCCAAUUCAGAGGAAAUUGUUGAAGGAAAUUCUGUUGACUCAUCAAUCCAGCAAGUAGUCGGAAGUGGAGGCCAGAGGGUCAUCACCAUAGUGACUGAUGGAGUCCCUCUGGGUCAUCUCCAAACUUCAAUCCCUACUGGAGGCAUUGGCCAGCCAUUUAUUGUAACUAUGCAAGAUGGGCAGCAAGUUCUAACUGUACCUGCUGGUCAGGUUGCAGAGGAGACUAUAAUUGAAGAGGAAGAAAAAGAAACAGAGAAAUUGCCACUGACUAAGAAACCAAGGAUAGAAGAGAUAACAAACAAUGUGGAGGAAAGUAAGGAAGGCAGUGAAAGAGCCCUACUACAGCAACAGCUCCAGGAAGCCAAUCGAAGAGCUCAGGAAUACCGACACCAGCUCCUAAAGAAAGAGCAAGAGGCAGAACAGUACCGCCUCAAGCUGGAGGCUAUGGCCCGACAACAGCCCAAUGGAGUUGAUAUCACCAUGGUUGAAGAGGUGGCUGAGGUAGAUGCUGUAGUUGUCACAGAGGAGGAGGUAGAAGGGAGAGGGACAGAAAUGAUUGGGGUACCAGAGACCAUGGAGCCUCAUACCGGAGUUUCCAUACAAACAGUUUCAUCUUAACACGCAAGAGCCACAACUUGCACUAUGCCCAUCUUUUUCACUUUUAAAAAGAAAAUACAGGGGCAAACAUUGUAUGAAAAUUAAGAAUGUCCUUAAGAAGAAAACUAUAGCAGGGUAUCAUGCUUAGGCUCAGGAAAGCUCUCUAUGCAACUGGAAAAUUCAAAGCCAAGUUUAGGGACACUUUUUCUGAGGGCCCAAAAGAAUAAGGACCAAAUUACUCAAUUCACGUUAUUACUUGAAGAAUAGAGGUGAAAAAAUGCUGGAUAUU